AUGGAAAGAGCGGUGAGGCCUUGGAAGGGGCUGCCCAAGGAGGUGGUGGGCUCCCCAUGCCUGGAGCUGUCCGAGGAACGGCUGGACGGGGCACUGAACUCCGCGACUCUGUGCCCACGACUGGAGCCCGCCCUGCCCCAAGCGCUGCCGGAGCCGCCCCGGCCCGAGCUGUUCGCCCGCGCCUUUCUCCUCAGGGCGGGGGGGCCGCUGCCGGGGCCGCCGCGCUCAGCCGGAGCUGCCUCUGCGCCGGAGCGGCCGCGCUGCCCGCCCGGGGCCGGGCCGCCUCUCUGCGCGCUGCUUGCGGGGCUCUGCCGGGCUUCCCAAAGCCGCCCGCGGCUCCUUUUGCACGGGGGUCGCUGCCGGGGCCGCCGCGCUCAGGCGGAGCUGCCGCUCGUCAGGGGCUCCGCGCUGCCCCUCGGGCUGUGCCGGCGCUGCCGCGGAGCUCCGGCCGCGUCGGGAGCUCUGCCGUCGCUCUCCCGGCGCGCUGCCGCCUCCAGAGCCCGGCUGCCGGAGCGCUUCGCCUCAGGCCUCGGCUGCAGCGGCGCUUCCAGCGGGCUCGGGCCGGCCGCCGCCGCUGCUGUUGCCGCCGCGCUCAGGCGGAGCUGCCGCCCCUCAGGCUCCCGGCGCUUCCCGCCACUGGCGCUGCGGCUCCCUCCGGCUCUCCCGGCGGACCCAACCAGCCCUUCCCGCACGGGCAGUGCUCCCCCGGAUCGGGUGGAUGUGUUGGGCCAGCCGGGGAUGUCCUUUCUGGGGGCCCCGUCUUCCUUGGGCUCAGCUGAAAUGCCCCUGAGCAGGGAGAGGUGCUGCUGCACCUCCUGCAGCCCUCCCUGGCCAAACCUCCCCGCUUAUUUUCCGUGGUUUUCAGGUUGUCUGUAAAACUGCAACAGAGAUGGAGGAAGAAGAAGUACAGGGAGGCAGAGCAUGCAGAGCAGGACUUGCCUGAGCUCACCGAAGCUGAUUUGCUGAUUGUUCAAUAUAUCAUGGAUGUCUUAGAUAAAAAGGAAGAAGAUUUGCAGAAAGAGGUGCAGAAAGAGAACUCAGAUGUCUCCCAGGAAGAGAUAAAAUGUGAAUCACAAGAGUGAAGGGGAAGAACUCGGAUGCCAACGCUUCUUCUCCAGCUCUUGUACCUAUAUGGCGUGGGAAUUAACAGCAGGUCAGCAAGCUUGUCUGGUUCCGACAUCGAUCUUAGCACAAUCUGUUUGUACCCGUGAGAAACAAAAGCAAGAAAUCUAAACAAUGCAGGGAGAGAAUGGCAACAAACUUGUACCUGGUGUUUUUCUGAAUGCUUAGUGUGAGUAAUGAGACAACUCUUGGUUCUUAAUUAAAAUAAUUAAGAACAAUUUAUUAAAAGAACAAUCAGGAAAAAAAAUCAAGUACAAAAGAAUUAUAAAGCCAAAAAAACCCCCGAGUCUGCAGUGAUUAGAGACCUUGUUGGCCGAAGCAGCUCAAAAGUCCCAAAGCAGAGACCUUACAGCGCUGGGGUGACUUCAGCUAGCCCAAAGUCAGAAAGGUUAAAUUGCCUUUUGAAAGAGGUAGAGGCCUGUGCUCCCAGCAUCAAGCUUCACCAGCAGCUCAUCUGAGGUGAAUGGCACCUCUGAGCUGGUGUCCAGCAGUUUUAUCAAGUCCGGGUCCUGCCCAUGACCGCCCACUGUCCAGCCUCCAUGGUCCUGGAUGAUUGGUGGUGUCUUGAGGUGAGGUAAUCUCAGUCUGCCAAUGGCUCCCUCUUGUCUCAGGGAAAAAUGCCAUCGGCUCCAAAGGCAGGAGAAGUCCUCAUUAGUAUUUCCAGGUUGCCGUGGUGCUGAGUUGCAGGCCAACGGCCAGGUUCUAAAAAUAGCUCCCUGUCAGUUCGAAGGUCUGCUUUUUGGCAAAGCUCAAAACUCACUUAAAACUUACACAGGUUAAGAACACUUGGUAAAAGGUUUGAAACUGGGCUAUAAGUAUUUCAGAGAACUCUUAAAAGCAGGGUAAUUAACUUGGACACAUACAGGAAUUAAGACAUUGUGGGUUUUGACACUUUUUAGGGACUAAAGAGGGUGUUAUAAACAUAUAGUAUUGGCUUCUCGCAAAGUAUUAAGGUAGAUAUUAUAUAAUGUUAGAAAUGCUUUUUGCUGUGUGGAUAUAGUUUUCUCUCGUUUUAGCAAGAAUGUUCGCAAGUGUGAGCAAGUAAGAGAACCUCCAAGCGAGCAGAGGAUGAGCCCCGAGGAGCUGCUAAUCAACGCUUUGUCCAGGGAACAAAAGGGCCCAAAGGCUGCUCCGCCCGGAGAACGGGCGGCCAGGAGGGUCUGAGAGCCCUUAU